AGGGAGAAACACACACACACUCACACACACACACACACACACACUCUUGGAGGCAGCCUCCUACAUACACACACACUGCUGAGAGAGAGCUAGCAAGGGGGCUUUUAACAGCUUUCACACGAAACCGAGACAAAGGGACUGUAACCUGCCACGAUGGAGGAAAACAUGGAUGAUUCGCAGAGCCAGAAAGGCUGUAAGGAGUGCUGUGAGCGAUGUGUGGGGAGCCUGCCCUGGGCCUCACUCAUUGCCACCAUCAUCCUGUACAUGGGCGUGGCCUUGUUCUGUGGGUGUGGCCACGAGGCCCUCAGCGGAACCGUGAGCAUUCUCCAGAACUACUUUGAUGUGAUUAGAGCCCCGGGAGAAACACUGGAUGUCUUCACCAUCAUCGACUUCCUGAAGUAUAUCAUCUACGGACUGGCCGCCGGAUUCUUUUUGUUCGGUGUCCUGCUGCUGGUGGAGGGCUUCUUCACCACCGGAGCCAUCAGGGAUCUGUAUGGAGAGUUCAAGAUCACUGCCUGUGGACGCUGCCUGACCGCCUUUCUGAUGUUCCUGGCUUACCUCUUCUUCCUGGUGUGGCUGGGCGUGACAGCGUUUACCAGCCUGCCCGUCUUCAUGUACUUCAACGUUUGGUCCAUGUGUCAGAACACCAGUGUGGUGGAAGGAGCCAACUUCUGUCUGGACCUGCGUCAGUUUGGAGCCGUGACCGUCUCUGAGGAAAGGAAGCUUUGCACAGACACCGAGAAGUUCAGCAAGAUGUGCAAAUCCAAUGAGCUGGAUUUGACCUUCCAUCUGUUUGUGUGCGCACUGGCAGGGGCAGGAGCUGCUGUCAUUGCCAUGGUCCACUUCCUGAUGGCCCUAGCCGCCAACUGGGGCUACCUGAAGGACGCCAGCAGGAUGCAGAAGUACGAGGACAUCAAGUCCAAGGAGGAGCAGGAGCUGCAUGACAUCCACUCCACACGCUCCAAAGAACGCCUCAAUGCCUACACAUAAACACGCAAAACGCACACACACACACACACACACACACACCCGACCAUGAGAAACGACACACACACAACAUACACACAAACACAUACACACAUACCUAUCAGAUGCACACACAAUGAUAAUGACAAACACACA